ACAAAUAUGCAUCUAGAUUCUUCGGCUUCGAAUGGAUAUGCCAUAGCGGACUCGUCGAUCUCCUCGUCCUAUAGUUUCAUUGACCUUUCCUCAAUUUUUCACUCUUUUGUGCUGGAUCAAUAUGCAACCUCAAUCGAGCCACCUUAACAUAUCUGUUACAUGGAGGGGAAAGAAGUUUGUUGUAGAGAUGAAUGUAGGUGCCAAUGUUAAGGAUCUAGGACAAGAACUGCAGAAGUUAACAAAUAUCAAAGAAGAAACCAUGCGGUUCAUUGUUCCACGUGUUUCUGGCAGACCAUCAAAACUGUUGGCCCCCUUUUCAACGGAGCAUGCACUUUUAAGUUUGCAGGAAACAUCAAUUACAGAGGCCAGGUCAAUUACAAUGAUGGGUGUUUCAACAAAUGAGGUUGAAGAGGUUCUACAAAAUGCAAAAGCAGAUUUAAGAAUAGCUGGAUUUGAGGACGAGGAGAAGAGACUGAAACAGAGAAUUUCACAUGGACCUCUUCUUUCAUUGAAACUUCCACAAGGGCAGUAUAUAUUUUGUGAAUUUCGCACACUUCAAAUUCCAGGAGUAGAGCUGAAUCCUCCCCCUUCCGAGGCACUUAAAAGAAUGCAUAUGCUUGCUGCAGAUCCUGGAAUUGUUGCUGUGAUGAACAAGCAUCGUUGGCGUGUAGGAAUUAUGACUGAGAUGGCUCCUGUCGGUUAUGUUGGUGUGAGCCCAAAAUGCAUUCUUGGUCUUAACAAGAAUCAGGGAGAGGAAAUAUCAUUGCGUCUUCGAACUGAUGACCUCAAAGGUUUUAGGAAAUAUGAAAGCAUCAAGAAAACUCUACUGCAUGAACUUGCUCACAUGAUAUACUCUGAACACGAUGCAAACUUUUAUGCUCUGAAUAAGCAGUUAAAUCAAGAAGCUUCUAGUUUAGAUUGGACUAGAUCUGCAAGCCACACUUUGAGUGGAGUAAGGAAUACUGCAAUCUAUGAAGAUGACUUCAUAGCAGACAGUAGCAUUAUUCCUCAGAAGCUUGGAGGUAACAGGACAGAUCAGCUAAUAAGUGCUCGUGAAUCUUCAGUUGCUGCUGCUCACCAUCGAUUGGCAAAUGUUUCUGCCAACAAUUCAGGAGGGUCUGAAGUAAAUCAAGAGCUGGAUGCUGAUUAUUCUAGUUCUAAUAUGAGUGAAAAAUCUGAUUGUAGGAUAUCUGUCUCCAAAGAAAUGGAAGAUAUUGACAUGGCCAUCAUUGUUGAGAAAGAACUUGAUGGUGAGCCUGACCCUGAUGAUCAUAUUAUCGAUGGAAUGAAACAUGAGCCUGAUCCAGAUGAUUCUCAUCAUGGUAAAGCUGUUGAUGAUGAUUUUAGUUCAAUAAUUACUGAUAGCAGAACUGUAUUUGAACAAAAACCUGAAGCUUUUGGUGUAGCCCAAGUUUUACAUUCUGAAACAAGUACUGGGAAUAUGGCUGCAACAUACUCUGUUGGUCCUUAUCCAGAUGAUUCAGAAACAUCUACGAAAUCUAUUGCUCCAGUUAUAGCACCUGAUCCCAAUGAUGUGGUUCCCACACCAAAAUUAUCUUCACUGCAAACUGCUGAGCCAGAUCCUAAUGAUCAAGAAUUUCAGAGGAUAAAUGAUACCACAACUGCUGUUUGUAACCGUUUGUGGAAGGCUCUGGAAAUGCUGAGAAGUGAUGUUAGUGCAAUGCAAGCUACUUCAAUCCUCCAAACUCUCCUGAAAAUAAUUAGGAAUGUGAUUGAUCACCCUGAGGUGGAAAAAUACAAGAGAUUGCGGAAGGCUAAUCCAGUGAUUGAGAGGACUAUUGUCAAUUAUAAAGCUGCCAUGGAAAUUCUAUUUUUGAUUGGCUUCAGAGAAGAUGUUAUGUUUGACAAUCUUGGGAAGGAAGAUGCUUACUUGGUGUUGAAGCGGAAUGAUCCUGGCUUAUUGUGGCUAGCUAAGUCAACCCUUGAACAAGCACAAGCUUAACUUGUUAUCCCAGAAAACAGUUCUGAAAGGCAAAGCAAAAUUAUAUGUCGCGGAUGCUCUUCAUUAGAUGUUCAUUGUAUAAUAUUUGGGUUAGUAAAGUUCAUUUUGUAUUUUCAGUCUGUCAAAUAGAUAAAAUUAAGCAGAUGGAAACACCUGGGGAAGGAAAAAGAACUAUAUUUGAAGUGCAAACAGAAACAUGGUAUGAUAUCGGUGGUAGUAUUCGAGUUGUUCAUUGUAUAAUACAAGAUGUCAUUCAGUUGUAUUUUAGUGAGUGUAAAUACUUCUUAAAUAAAAGGAAUUCAUUAAGUGUUGCUUUAUU